AUGGCAGUUAAAGACCUCCCACAGCCUUCUGCCCCUCCCGCCUUUUCCCUGCCUCUCUCCGACGCCCCCAGACCUCUCGGGCUCACUCUUCCUGAAAUGGGGGAGCGCGCGGCGGCCGCUGUUCUGCUGGGAGCGGGCGCGGGAACCGGCGGGGGGGGGGGGGGCGGAGCCGUAUCCCCGGCGGCGGAAGGAGGAGUGGAAGAAAGGGGCGAGACCGGGUGCCCGGCGGCAGUGCGAAGCUCUCGCUCGGCGCGCGGGCGUCUCCGGCUGGGCGCACGGCUUCGGGGCCGUCGGUGUCUGCGCCGAGCCCUGUCCGGAGCCGCAGUCGCCGCUGCUGCCGCUGCCGUUGCUGCCGCUGCCGCCGCCGCCGCUGCUGCCGCCGUGGGGCUCGGGCGGCGACGGAGCGGGGCCGGCCUCGGGGCGGGCGGGGAGGGAGGAGGCGGUGAAGGCGGCGGGCCGGGGGGGAAGAUGCCGCUGGCGCAGCUGGCGGACCCGUGGCAGAAGAUGGCUGUGGAGAGCCCGUCGGACAGCGCAGAGAAUGGACAGCAAAUUAUGGAUGAACCUAUGGGAGAGGAGGAGAUUAAUACACAAGCUGAAGAAGGCAAUAUCAAAGAAAUUGCAAUCACACAUCAUGUUAAAGAAGGACAUGAAAAGGCAGAUCCUUCCCAAUUUGAACUUUUAAAAGUGUUAGGGCAGGGAUCAUUUGGAAAGGUUUUCUUAGUUAAAAAAAUAUCAGGCUCUGAUGCUAGACAGCUUUAUGCCAUGAAAGUAUUGAAGAAGGCCACACUGAAAGUUCGAGAUCGUGUACGGACAAAAAUGGAACGUGAUAUCUUAGUAGAAGUUAAUCAUCCUUUUAUUGUCAAGUUGCAUUAUGCUUUUCAAACUGAAGGGAAGCUGUAUCUUAUUUUGGAUUUUCUCAGGGGAGGAGAUUUGUUUACACGCUUAUCCAAAGAGGUGAUGUUCACAGAAGAAGAUGUCAAAUUCUACUUGGCUGAACUUGCACUUGCUUUAGAUCAUCUUCAUAGCCUGGGAAUAAUCUAUAGAGACUUAAAACCAGAAAACAUACUUCUCGAUGAAGAAGGUCACAUCAAGUUAACAGAUUUUGGCCUAAGUAAAGAGUCUAUUGACCAUGAAAAGAAGGCGUAUUCUUUUUGUGGAACUGUGGAAUAUAUGGCUCCAGAAGUAGUUAAUCGUCGAGGUCAUACUCAAAGUGCCGAUUGGUGGUCUUUUGGUGUGUUAAUGUUUGAAAUGCUCACUGGUACACUACCUUUCCAAGGGAAAGAUCGAAAAGAAACAAUGACUAUGAUUCUUAAGUAAGUACUCCCUAAUGUGUGUGUAUAUUUUGAUGAGGUUUAAAAAUAAAUGCCUCGGGAGGCGGGGCAAGAUGGCAGACUG